AUGAAGCCUCAACCUCGGCCACGACCCCAACUUACCUGGUGGAUGCGCGUCCGCCGAUUUAUCUAUAACAUCGAAUCACCACUUCAACUGCGCGGCACCCUCACACGGCUCAAUCAUCGGCACAAGCAUCCGAUCUGGGCGUUACUUCGUCUGCUGUGCCCAUUUCCAUCAUGGCAGUUUCCGCUCCCCGCGCCCGUCCCCGUCAAGACCAUGCUCAAUAACGUCCCGCUUCUACAAGCACGCAAAGCGGCAGCCGACCUGACCAACAUGCGUUCCGUACCCCUGUGGCGCUCCCGAGACACACCUCUCCGUGCGCUUUACCGGAUAUACGAGGCGGUGGUUGCGCGGGAAUUCUAUGCGAUCGGAUCGGAAGUGGAGUACUUCUGGUACCAGCCGCGGAAGAAUUGGGCAGUGCAUCGGAUCCCCGAUCCUCAAGAUAGCGACCCGGUUCGAUAUGCGAUCCUGGCGUGCAUUGCCGAAGAGCUCGCCCUGGCAUUCAACUGGCGCAUGAGCCUCGGGAUGCGACGCGACAAGAACAAGCAUAUCUAUCGCAAGACCUUUGAAGAUUGCUUGCCGUCAUUUGUGCCCGAGAUGGCCCCCGACUGGGCCAAAGUGGUGGCUCCGAUCGAUGUCGAGCUUCUGCAUGAGUUUCCGUCUGAUUUCUUAGAUCCAGCUGGGAGACUGGUGCUUGAGCAUGGCGGUGAAAAUCCCAUCUUUGCACAAAGGAACAUCAUCAUGGACACGGGCCACUUUUAUACCGUCUGA